GUGAAAACCUGCACCCACACCAGCCCUUUCUGGAUAAGAUUGGACACCCCUGUCCUAGUCAAUUAUAAAAAAAAAAAUCUAAAUUUCACACCUAUUUCAAGAUUUAAGAGUCUUUAAUUGUCACUAUACUGAGUACAGCGAAAUUAAAGCAGAGUCCUUGCUUGCAGUCAUUUCUGGAAAUCGAUUGAAUAAACAUUGCCUAUUUUAAAGUAGAUUUCCAAACGAAUCAUUGAGGAAUCAAAUGAAGUAUUUGUGAUUACGGUGACAAAAUGGUACAAACAACAACAACAGUCAGACUUUAAUUUUGACAACGUGGAGACGGAAGUGAGCGUGCUACGUUCACAUCACGGAAGUGAAUUCCGAUUUUGUGUUGCUAAAUUGUGUGUAUUUAGUAUAUAUAUAUAUAUAUGUUCUUUUAAACCACACCGAUUAAACGCUGUGUUUUGUCUUGUAAUGGGUGGUUUUGGAGUGAUGGCUAAUGAGGAAUCUCUGGAUUAUUCCGUGCAUGAAGCUUGGAACGAAGCGACCAAUGUUUACCUGCUGGUUAUUUUGGUCAGUUUUGCGCUGCUGAUGUACGCGAGAAAGAAUAAGAGGAAGAUCAUGCGCAUCUUUACAAUGCCUCCUACGGUGGGAUCUAAUCCAGAGCCAAAUUUCUAUGACAGUUUGCAGAAAGUGCGGCUCAGGCAGCAGCUGGAGAUGUAUUCUCUCUCCCGAAAGUUUGACCAGCAGCACCAGCAGGGCCAGACACAGGAGAGCGUGCAGCUGUCUAUGGAGUGAACAAGACCGCUGACAGCUCGGUGUGAAGGUCACACCUGAGUAUGAAGUAGCUGUGUUUGAUGCAGUGAUGUUUAGGUGUGCAAUAUUUCACAUGCAACAUUUCCAUUUCUUUUGCCAUCCAGAAGAUUGAACAUGAAGAACACACACACACACACACACACACACACACUACUCACUGCCACCAGUAAACUGCUCACUACGAGAAAGCAUGACUAUUUUACUUGAAUGUUCUCUUCUUAGUUGUGUAAUUGUUUAAAAAUGCAGAAUGUACGAUAAAAAAAAUUAGAGAAGUACCUUGUAUAAUUGAUACAACUGAAUUAUGAGCCUUUGGUGCCACCUAGUGGCUCUUCUGUGUAUUGCAGUUUCAUGAACUAGUGAGAUUUUAUUAUUUUUCCCCCCGUUUGUACAGCUGGAUAAAUUAAAAUGAUUCGAAAUGCGGACAUAAUUCUACAAUUGAUUUUUAAAAAAUGUACAAAUAUAAAUAUUAUAUAGGUUACGUGUUGUCUUCCGUUUAACAGGUUUCCUAAAUGGUCUGUCUGCUAUUGUAUGGUUUUGGAUGUAGCUUAGCUGGUUUUCAGAAAACGUACUUAAAUUAUUUGCACUCCUCCAUACCAAUAGGGUUUACAGGAGUUAUUAUUAUUAUUAUUAUUAUUAUUAUUAUUAUUAUUAUUAUUAUUACUUUGCAUUUUGAACGGAAUUAUGAAAAACCGCGUCUGGCUUCUGUCCCCCUCUGGUGGCUGUUUCAGGUAACAGCAGGUUUUGUACAGCGCUUGUAUUAUGCACAGUAUUACAUUUAAUUCUGUUAUUAGUAGUAGUAGCAGUAGUACUAUUAGUGUUUUUGUUAUUAUUUUUGGCACUGUAAUGAAUCAUUUUUCAGUUUUUUUGGGGAGGACAUCUUUGAUUUGUAGCACGUUUAAAAAUGAGAACUGUUGCUUUUUAUUUUCUUCAGUUUUCCUCUAAAAAUAUCAUGGAUAAUUCAGAUGGUUGAAUUUAAUUUAGUUAAGACAGACACUCCCCUCAAAAAAGAAGGGAAUAAAGUAAUUAAAAACAAGAGAACAGCGUGUGAAUGUCAUCAUUUGGUUAAGGUAUUGGGCCUUAAUGAUCGGAAGGUUGUGAGUUCGAAUCCCAGAUCCACCAGGCUGCUGCUGUUGGGCCCCUGAGCAAGGCCCUUAACCCUUAAUUGCCCAGUUGUAUACAAAAGGAGAGUAAGUCACUCUGGAUAACAGCAUCUGCCCAAUACCAAGUAAAUAUUUCCUGGAUUAAAUGAUGCACUCAAACGUGAAUAUUAUCUUUUAACACCAGUAACUGUGUCAGUUUGGUUAUGGAAACUGGAAUAAAUGGGGAUUUUAUAGGCUUAUAAGUGAGUCACAGCCCAACAUCAUUUGCAACAACCAUCUACAGACUAAUGCAAUUAAUUCAUUAAGAAUGGGACCUGAAUCAUAAUGUUAAAGUUUUAAUAAACAUACAACCCAAUAUUAUUUUCGGUAAUAUUAUGUCACAGUAUCUGUUUACAGCUUGAUGUAUUCAGUAUUGAUGAGUGAAUACUCAUCAGUGCUGCUGAAUUUUAAAUUCUCAUUGGUCAGGAGGUGUUGAUUAAUUUUCUAUACCAGUGGUUCUAAUUUGACAAAAAAUUAAUUAUAGGUAUAAAUAAGUAAAAAGUAUGAGGCGUUGUUCAUGUUCUCUGUUAUUAA